AUGUUUCGUCGCUCCUGCCGCAUUUUGUGCGCUCCUGUGGAGCGGAUGGUGGAGGAGUUUGACGUUGUCAUUGUGGGCGGCGGCCCCGCAGGACUAUCUGCUGCCAUCCGCCUGAAGCAACUUGCCGGUGAUGCAAAGGAUGAGUUUCGCGUUGGUCUCGUUGAGAAGGGGAGCGAGAUUGGGGCGCACACGCUCUCCGGUGCCUGCAUUGAGACACACGCGCUGGAUGAGCUGUUGCCGGAUUGGCGCAAGGCCACGGAUCUGCCCACCAUGACAGCUGUCACACGUGAUUCCUUGUACUUUCUGAGGGAUAAGGAACGGAGCAUUAAAUCACCCUUCCUUCCUGCAACACUGCACAACCGCCACUCCUACAUCACUUCCCUCGGUUCGCUGUGCAAUUGGCUAGGUGAGCGGGCUGCGGAGUUGGGAGUGGAGUUGUACCCGGGUUUUGCCGCCGCACAGCCGGUGUAUGACGGUAGCGGUGCCGUACUAGAAGGGGUGCAGCUGAAUGAUGUGGGCAUCAACAAAAAGGGUGAGCAAACACCACGGUAUGAACCUGGAAUGAUAUUCAAGGCAAAACAGACAAUAUUUGCUGAGGGAUGCCGUGGGUCCUGCACAAAGCAGCUGGAGAAAAAGUUUGGUCUUCGAGGGGAGGGAAAUUUCCAGACCUAUGGGAUUGGUAUCAAGGAGGUGUGGGAGGUGCCAGCGGAGGCGCAUCGCCCCGGUACCGUGAUGCACACCAUCGGGUGGCCCAUCACAGACAAGGGCCAUGAGAACACAUACGGCGGCUCCUUCAUAUACCACUACGGCGAUGGAUUAGUUUCCCUCGGCUUUGUCGUUGGUCUGGACUACAGCAACCCCUACCUGCGACCGUACAUGGAACUGCAAAAGUGGAAGACGCACAAGUUGAUCUCCUCACAGCUGAAGGAUGGCAAACCAUUGAUGUACGGCGCACGCUCCCUUGUGGAGGGCGGCUACGUCGCUUUGCCCAAGCUUCAUUUCCCUGGUGGCGUUCUCGUUGGCGACUGUGCCGGAUUUCUUAACCUACCGAAAAUUAAAGGCACUCACACAGCGAUGAAGUCUGGAAUGCUCGCGGCGGAGGCGAUCCACGAUGAGGCCUUUACCUCGGGAAGGGAAAAGCGGGGCGGGGUGGAGUGUAAGAGCUACGACGACAGAUUCCGCAGCAGUUGGCUGCACAAGGAGCUCUACGCAGUGCGCAACGUGCGGCAGGUUUUUGCUCGCAACUUUUUUGCCGGUAUGUUGUACACGGGCUUCACGACAAUCUUCACGCACGGUUGGGAGCCAUGGACGCUCGCGCACCACCAGCCGGACCACAAGGCGCUCAAACCCGCUGCGGAGUGCACGCCGAUCGACUACCCGAAACCUGACGGGAAACUCACUUUUGACCUGCUCACCAACCACAGCCGUAGCGGCACCGCACACAACGCCGAUCAGCCGGUGCAUCUUAAGCUGAACGAUCCGUCGGUGCCGGAGAAGGUCAAUCUCCCCACAUACGACGGCCCUGAGGGGAAGUACUGUCCCGCGAAGGUCUACGAGUUUGUGGAUGGGAAGCUCGUCAUUAACGCCCAGAACUGUCUGCACUGCAAGGCGUGCGACAUUAAAGAUUACACGCAGAAUAUCAACUGGACGGUGCCGGAGGGAGGUGGCGGUCCGAACUACAGUGGGCAAAUGUGA